UCAGGGGUUUAGGGCAAGAACGUGCAUUAUUUGAAGCACAGAUCUGGAUCCACUAAAAACACCCAAAAGACCCAACUUCCCACACGAACUCACCCUCCCUUCCCCUCCUACUCCCCCCACCACUCUCUUAAUCACUGCCACCCUUACCGGUCCUUGUGUUUAUAAACUUCAAAGGAGAGAGAUAAGGAAAGAAAGAGACAGAGAGACAGUGUCUAGACAGAGAAAUUGCUAGAGAGGUAAUUGUAAGAUAGUGUUCUACAUUGAAAAAAAGAGAGGUUUGACUGUUUAUUAUUAGCCAGAACCCAUAACACCAGCAGUAGCUGCGUCCACUGAAGCAAUUGAUGGUUUCCCUGCUGCUGCUACUAGCUCCUGCCAACCAUCCUAGUAACAAGGCGGUGGUUUGGCUUUUGUAGCAAGUUUGAGAGGGAAAAAGAAAGAAAGAAGGGAACCCAUUAGGGAGAGAGGAUCACACAGACAUAGAGUGUUAAAUUAUUAGGGACAGGAAUGGGGGAAAGAAAAUUGCUCUGCUACCACCACCACCACCACCACCACUCUGCUAGCUGCUACUGACACUCUUUCUUUCUAGUUGGUAGGUAGGGUUUGUGGUUGAGAAAGAAGUUUUACUUGUAAAAGAGAGCACACAAAACAAAAACACGAAACUUACUCUCUCACAAAUCAAGGAAAAGAGAGAAAACAAGUCUCUAUUAGCAUAGAUAGACAAAGGAACUACUUCUACAACAACAAGGUGUUGUAAGAGAGGUGGGGUUUGGUGUGAAACAUAGUACCAAACUCUCUAUUCACAACUACUACCACUACUACCAUGGAUGCUUAUGAAGCAACAAGAAUAGUUUUCUCAAGAAUCCAAAAUCUAGACCCAGAAAAUGCUUCAAAGAUCAUGGGUCUUCUUUUGAUUCAAGACCAUGGUGAAAAGGAAAUGAUUAGGUUAGCUUUUGGACCAGAAGCACUUGUUCACUCAGUGAUCCUUAAAGCCAGGAAAGAACUAGGACUAAGCUCUCCGACAAACCUUUCUACAAGUCCUUCCUCUCCUUCUCAUCUUUACUCAAGCAACCCAAUAGCCAUCUCUAGACAAAAUAGUUCUUCAACUUCAAGACUUGGGUUUAAUAUCCCACCUUCACUUGCUAUCCCAAACCCUUCAUCAAAUAAUUCUUCUUCUUGGAGUGACCUUCCAAACCCAGAUGACUUGAUGAUUAGUCCUAAUGAUAGCUCACUCAAUCCUGCUUCAGUGCCUUUCUAUGCUAAUGGAGUAAGAGGUGGAGAGUCUGAUUUGAUGGAUGAGUUUCAGCUCCAAGACCAGCUUUCAUUCUUAAAUGAUAAUUCACAAAAUCUCGGUCCAAAAAGUUCAGAUCUUUUUUACCCUCAACUUGAUGCUCUAUCAAGUCCAACUGGUGCUAGUGAUUCUAUGAUGUUUCCUUCUUACUGGGGUGGGUCUGUGCACAGAAGGAGCUGCUCUGUCAGUGAUGUUUUGGGGUCUGAGGAUCCAAAUUCAGGGUUUGGAUGGAGACCAUGUCUUUACUUUGCUAGAGGGUACUGUAAGAAUGGAAGUAAUUGUAGGUUUGUUCAUGGUGGGCUUGGAGAACUAGAUGGUGCAGGUGUUGUCAGUUCACCCAAUGGCAACAACAAGAUUGAUAUGAUGGACCAGUGCCAUGAGUUGCUUAGAUCUAAGUCUGCUCACCAGCAAAGGUUAGCUGCUGCUUCUCAGCUCAUGAGUGGCUCUGCUGCUUCUUUUCCUUACUCUCCUAAAAGCAUGAACUUUCUUCUUCAACAGCAGCAAAAUGAUAGCCAGAGGGCUGCCGCUACUGCUUUGAUGAUGGGGGAGGACAUGCACAAAUUUGGAAGAUCUAGGCUUGACAGGAAUGAUUUGGUUAAUCCUGCUUCAAGGCAGAUCUACUUGACUUUCCCAGCGGAUAGCACUUUUAGAGAGGAAGACGUGUCAAAUUAUUUCAGUAUUUAUGGGCCAGUGCAAGAUGUGAGGAUUCCUUAUCAGCAGAAGAGGAUGUUUGGAUUUGUUACCUUUGUUUAUCCAGAGACGGUGAAGAUAAUCUUGGCCAAAGGGAAUCCUCAUUUUGUUUGUGAUGCAAGGGUGCUUGUUAAGCCAUACAAAGAGAAAGGCAAAGUCCCAGACAAGUACAGGAAGCAACAGCAGCAACAAGUUGAGAGGGGUGAGUUCUCACCUUGCGGUACUCCUACUGGUCUUGAUUCAAGAGAUCCCUUUGAUCUCCAGCUUGGUGCAAGAAUGUUUUACAAUACUCAAGACAUGCUGUGGAGGAGGAAGCUAGAGGAGCAAGCUGAUUUGCAGCAAGCCCUUGAGCUUCAAAGUAGAAGAUUAAUGAGCUUGCAGCUUCUUGAUGUCAAGAAACAUCAUCACAGGGCUCUUUCCAAUGGCAGCCCUGUCCCCUCUCCUACUCACUCUCCCAAUAUUUUCAAUCACUCUCUUGCCUUCCCUCCACUCCACAGCAGCACCGAAGUUCCACAGGAGAAUUGUUCUAGCUCAAUGCCAGCCACGUCAGUGACUGCCCCGCCUGAAAAACAGAUAUCAAAUGCUACUUCUGGUAAAGAAUAUACUAGCAGUGAAGAGAACGGCAGUGGAAAAGAGAGCUCCCAUGGUGAAGACAGUGAUUUACAAGAAAGUUUGGAGCACAACCUCCCUGACAGUCCCUUUGCAUCUCCAACAAAAGGCACCGGGGACUAUUACUCUGCCUUCAUCAAUGGACUUACUGAGGCCCGUGAGAAGGAUGCUAGCAUCCCAACUUCAACUUCUGCUAACAAUAAUUUGGUCCCCUCAAGUCUAAUCUCUCCUAAUUCUUCACUGGAAAUGGCAUCCUUCAAAUCCUUCAAUUGCCAAAUCCCUAGGUUUUCAUCUGGGCAUGGAGCAAUUGGGAUGUAUGCCAGCACAGAUGGACCUACCUGUCCCGUUGGAAUUUAGCUUUGCUAUGCUUAUAGGAAGAUUGAGAAGUGUAACCAAACAAAAACUCACAUCAAAGAUUAUGUAGAGAGAUUGAGCCAUCGCCACCACUAGCAGUGCUACUAGCUACCUUUACCACCUCUUGCUACCGUCAUCAUCAUCGAUACUAUACUACUUACUACCAUACAAAUUGCAUACGUGAAAGGCCAGUAGAGGAAGUGGGUCAGCCAUUCCUUUCUUUGUUGCACUAUUUUCGUCACUCAUUUCAGUAGUUGAAGUAAGUUGGACCACAGGUAAAGAAAGCAAAGAAAAAGAAGAGUCACACAAUGUGUAGUUGUAAGUUGUAACUUUAUGGAACUACAAAAUUUCUUUCCCUUCCCUUCCCCCCUUUUUUUCACCACUCCUGUCUUCCCUAGAAGAAACAAAGCCUAUAUUUAGUGUUAGCUCUUGUGAUGUUUUUAGGGUAUAAUCAAAAAUCUUUGUACAGCAGAAAGCUGAACCCCAGAGAUCAGAGAAUCUAUAUACUACUUAUCUAUAUCUAUGACUAUGUGAAUGAAAAUAGGGCUGACACUGUUCCCCUUCUGGAACUACAGUUCUACGACUUUUCUCUUAA